CUUGGUCUAGAGUCAAGUCAACCCGCUGUCCGAGUUCGGUCGUUCCGAUACAGAGGUCCCAUCCUUCUCCGGCCGCCAACCUCAGCCCGUAUUUCUGGUUCUUUGUUCUCUCGGUCUCUCCCCAAGCUUGGAUCCCUUGAGUGUUCUUCUCCAGGUCCAGUUGAUCAAGGUGUUGGCUUCGGUGCAGAUCCCUUGACCAAGAGGUACUCAGCUGACGCACAUUUCUGGGCAAUAGCGUUGCCAGGUGUUAGCUCCUACCACAGACACACACGCAAGGAAAGACAAAGCGAGCAAUGGCAGAUGUAGUGCUUGGGGUCGCUAAGUCCUUGGUGGAGGGGACCAUAACCAAAGCUCAGGCAGCGAUUGAGGAGUCGUCAAAGCUGCAGCAGAGUGCACAGCGUGACUUGGUGUUCAUAGCUGGUGAGUUUGAGAUGAUGCAGUCCUUCCUCAGCACAACCACUGAGGAGCAAGUCACGAACAACAUUGUGGGCACCUGGGUGGCUCAGGUCCUUGACCUUGCCUACGACGUGGAAGACGGCAUUGAGUUUGUUGUCCACCUAGACAACAAGUCCGACUGGUUGCCCCGCUUGAUCCCAUCAUGCAUGCGGCGGCCGCUGCCCCUAGAUGAGGCUGUUAGCAUCAUAGAGCAAUUGAAGGCGAGAGUCCAGGAUGUGAACCAGAGGAAGGAGCGCUACAAGCUUAUGAGUGAUUCUGGUGGCCCCAAUCCUGAGAUGAAGCAGCUGGCCAGUGCUGGUUCAUCAUCGUUUGUCAUGCUUGCUGAAGAAAGGAGCACCCCCACGAAGCAACAAGACAUGGAUGCUCUCACCAAGUUGGUUACCAGGAGGGGUAGCGACCGUCAGGUGAUCACAGUGUGGGAGUUAGGGGGCGACCUUGGAGCAGCGUCAAAGUCCAGCAUCAGGAAGGCCUAUGACAAUGCAAAAAACUGGGGUUGCCGUGCUUGGAUCAAGCUUGGGAACCCUUUCAAUCUAAAUGAGUUUAGCAGAAGCUUGAUAGAUCAGUUCUGUGGUAAUGGUGUCCAGGGGAGAAACCAGGCGCCACCGACAGAAGAUUACCUCAUCCACGAGCAAGUGAACAACCGACGAUAUUUCGUUGUCCUAGAAGACCUGUCCACCAAGGAAGACUGGGAUGCUAUUCUAGGGUCUCUUCCAGACAGGAGUGAUGGGAGUCGUAUUGUUGUGCUCACACAGCGGUUCCAGGUUGCAAGAUACUGCACUGGCCUUCCAUACGUUCAGUAUUUCUGGGCUAAUAACUCUGUUUGUGUCUUUUUCGAGGAGGGUUCCCUUAUUGGACGCAUGUCAGAUAUCAAUCAACUUUCUGGGUAUCUAGCUAAAGCACGUAUGGAGGCUUUGCAAGUGAUGUCCGUGUGGGGAAUACCUGGAGUUGGGAAAUCUGCUCUUGUUAGAAAUUUGUGCCAUAAAAAGGUUCUUCAGCAUCACAAAUUUGAGAAGCAUGGCUGGGUGAAUGUAUCCCAUCCAUUCGAUGUAAGGGAUUUCUCUCAAUGCCUGCUUUUGCAGCUUGUCGAUUCACAUUCUCUGGAACUUGAAGCAAAUGAUGAAGCUAGUAGAGACCCUGUUGAAGAGUGUCGCAACCUUCUAAGACGUCACAAGUGCCUUGUCGUUAUUGAUGACCUACAGUCCACACAAGAAUGGAAAAUAAUACAAGAUGCCUUGGUAUCUAGACCUACUGAAAGUGUUAUUAUUGUUAUUACAAAUGAAGACACCAUUGCCAUAAACUGUGCAGACAGAAAAGAUCUCGUGUUCAAUGUCAAACCUCUAGGUAUUGGUGCAGCCAUUGAUCUCUUCAAAACAAUGGCAGAAAGUCCAUAUUUUUCUGUAGAUGGUAUUGAGAAGGACUCGGUGUUACAGCAACUUAUUUCAAAAUGUGGUGGACUUCCAAAAGUAAUUGUUGCUAUUGCUGACAUUUUGGCCCAAGCCUUUAAUUGGACAGAAAAAGCCAGCAUUUUGAAUGGCAGUUUUGUACCCAACCUGGAGACCAGUCCAGAGUUUUGUUGUUUACGUGGUUUGUUUAGUUGGAUGCGUUGCUACCUCGGUGCUUUGCCAAGGCACAUCAGGAAGCAUGUCGCGUACCUAUUAAUUUUCCCUGGAGACAGCAGUAUUCGACGGCGGCGUUUAGUGAUGCGGUGGGGUGCAGAGGGAUACUCCACGGACACUGAAAACCAUACUUCGGAUGAAAAUGGGGAGGACCUUUUCUCCAGGCUCGUUAAGCAGACAAUGAUUCAGCCGCCACCGCUGACAACCACCACAGACAUGAGAAUGGUCUCAUUUGAAGUCAAUACGAUCUUCCGUGAGUACAUGAUCUCAAGACCCCUGAAAGAAAAUAUUGCAACUGCAAUUGAGCUCUUUGUACUGAAAGGAGCUUGCAGCCCAACAAGCAGGCGCAGAGGACGGCACCUUGUUAUCGAACAAAGCUGGGACAGAGAUAGGAUUGUGUUCCAGAACAUUGACUUUUCGAGGCUAAGGUCCUUGACAGUGUUUGGGGAAUGGAAGCCAUUCUUCAUCUCUGAAAACAUGAAGGUGCUUCGGGUGCUUGAUCUUGAGGAUGCAUCAGGUGUGACAAAUAAAGACCUCCAGAACAUGAUAAAGCUGCUGCCUCGCCUCAAGUUCCUUUCUCUCAGAGGAUGCCGUGAGAUCAACUAUCUGCCAUGUUCAGUGGGUGAACUAAGGCAACUCCAAAUUCUUGAUGUCACAUACACUAACAUAGUCACCAUUCCAACGUCCAUCACUGAGCUGAAGAAGCUGCAAUACAUCCAUGCUGUACCAGCCCCACCUGAGUAUUCAUCAGCACCUCAUACUGUAGCAUUCAAGUCGUCGAAGCUCCACAGAUACCUUCAAUUAGUUGGUGUCCAGGUGAUGUCAGGGAUUGGAAAAUUGACCGCAUUGCAUACACUUGGGGUUGUCAAUAUUGGUGCUGCAGGGGGCAAAGUCAUCCUGAAAGAGCUGAGGAAUCUCACCCAAUUGCGAAAACUUGGAGUGUCUGGGAUCAGCAAGAAGAACGGCAAGGAGUUCUGUUCUGCCAUCUUGUGUCACUCCCGUCUAGAAUCAUUGUCAGUAUGGCUCAACAAGGACAAUCAAGAUUGCUUAGAUGGCAUGGUCCAUGGGAACACCAAUGAAACGUCAGGGCCUGUGAAUAAACUUCAGAGCCUUAAGCUGUAUGGGCCUGUAGAAAAAUUGGCGAUGUGGACUAAGCAGCUUAACAACCUCCGGAAGUUAAAUUUGGAGAUAAGCACAUUAUCAGAAGCUGACAUAAAAGUCCUUGGGGGCCUUAAAGAACUACGAAUUCUACGCCUUUGCAUCAAUCCACAGAAAAAUGGUAACCUCAAGUUUUAUGUGGAGAUAGCUGGGGUAGAGGAUCGCUGCUAUGAAAUGAUGAAGGUUCUUGAGAUUGGUAGCAGGUCCAACUUACAUUUAACUUUUGGAUCAUUAGCAAUGAAAAAUCUUGAGUUACUCACGGCUGGCUCCUGUAGCAACGGAUCACAGCUUCGGUUUGAUGGGCUAAAACAUCUCUCCAAACUCAAGGAUGUCCGAGUUAUUGGUUCCAAAGAUGAAACGCUGGAGAAAAAUUUGAAGGACCAAUUUGCCGACCAUACAAGCAAACCUGCUUUGGAGCUGGAGGAAGUCAUUCCGCCGACCCAGGCAUCGACUGGACGAAACGAUCAACACUACUAUUCAUUUCCCUUUUACUGUACCACUCGAUAAAACCCGGUGACGCGAUCACCAUGCCUAUGAAUACUGAAGAUAAUACUUUCUUCUGUAUCAUUGUAGUACGAAAAGCAGAAUUCUAGAACUAGGCUGUAAGAAAAAGGAUCUUUUGGAACUGUCGAUUUAUUUUUCAGCUGUAUGGUUAUCUA